AGCUGGAGGGCAGCCACAGUCUGCGAGUCAGUCCCUGUCCCUGGCUCCCUCUAGCCUCAGUGUGUCACAACAGCGGAGAAGGCACUGGUGGAGCUGCAAGCUGAGAGGUAGAGAAGCUGUGUCUGCUAAGAGAAGCCCGUGGGAGAAAAGCACUGCAGCUGCUGCCGCCAGGAUGCGUGAGUGUAUAUCAGUCCACGUGGGUCAAGCAGGAGUCCAGAUUGGCAAUGCUUGUUGGGAACUUUUCUGCUUAGAGCACGGCAUCCAAGCUGAUGGUACUUUUGGCACCCAGGCCAGCAAGAUUAACAAUGACGAUUCCUUCACUACCUUUUUUAGUGAGACUGGCACUGGGAAGCAUGUGCCCAGGGCAGUAAUGGUUGACCUGGAACCCUCCGUAGUAGAUGAGGUUCGGGCUGGUACCUAUCGACAACUCUUCCAUCCAGAGCAGCUGAUUACUGGGAAGGAAGAUGCUGCCAACAACUAUGCCCGUGGCCAUUAUACCAUUGGCAAGGAGAGCAUUGACCUGGUGUUGGAUCGAAUCAGGAAGCUGACAGACUCCUGUUCAGGCCUUCAGGGCUUCCUCAUCUUCCACAGCUUUGGUGGGGGCACUGGCUCUGGCUUCACUUCUCUGCUGAUGGAACGUCUCUCCCUGGACUACGGCAAGAAGUCCAAGUUGGAGUUUGCCAUCUAUCCAGCCCCUCAGGUUUCCACCGCAGUGGUUGAGCCUUACAACUCAAUCUUGACCACUCAUACCACCCUGGAACACUCGGACUGUGCUUUCAUGGUAGACAACGAGGCCAUCUAUGAUAUCUGCCGUCGCAACCUGGAUAUCGAGCGUCCGACUUACACCAACCUCAACCGCCUCAUUAGCCAGAUUGUCUCCUCCAUCACUGCCUCCCUCCGCUUUGAUGGUGCCCUCAAUGUGGACCUCACUGAAUUCCAGACCAACUUGGUGCCUUAUCCUCGCAUUCACUUCCCCUUGGUCACCUAUGCACCUAUCAUUUCCUCUGAGAAAGCCUACCAUGAGCAGCUUUCAGUAGCUGAGAUCACGAGCUCCUGCUUUGAGCCCAAUAGCCAGAUGGUAAAGUGUGACCCAAGGCAUGGCAAGUAUAUGGCUUGCUGUAUGCUCUACCGAGGGGAUGUUGUCCCCAAAGAUGUGAAUGUUGCUAUUGCUGCUAUCAAGACCAAGAGAACCAUCCAGUUUGUGGACUGGUGCCCCACAGGUUUCAAGGUGGGUAUCAACUAUCAGCCUCCCACAGUGGUACCAGGAGGAGAUCUGGCAAAAGUUCAUCGGGCUGUCUGCAUGCUGAGCAAUACCACUGCCAUUGCUGAAGCCUGGGCCCGGCUGGAUCACAAGUUUGACUUGAUGUAUGCUAAACGUGCCUUUGUGCACUGGUAUGUUGGUGAGGGUAUGGAAGAAGGCGAGUUUUCAGAGGCCAGAGAGGACCUGGCUGCUCUGGAGAAAGACUAUGAAGAGGUGGGGACUGACUCAUUUGAAGAUGAAAAUGAAGGGGAUGAGUUUUAAUUAUAUUUGUUCCCCUUACUUAUUGUCUAUGUUUCCUCAUUUGCAUGGCCUCUACUCAAUGAAAUCUGACUUUCCAAAGAAGA